AUGACCGAUGCACAAAGAAUGACACUUAAAGAAUCACACAGGAAAGACAAGAAGGCUAUUUUCUUAACUUUUCAAGGUAUUGAUGAAUCGACCUUUGAAAAAAUAUUAUAUGUGAAGUCUUCCAAAGCAGCAUGGGAGAUUUUGCAGAAGUCCUGCCAAGGAGCCGACAAAGCCAAAAAUGUGUGUCUCCAAUCACUCAAAGCUGAGUUUGAAAACCUAAAGAUGCAAAGUGGAGAGCCAAUUACAGAUUAUGUCUCACGAGUGCAAAAGGUGGACAUAAAAAUGAAAAGGAAUGGAGAAACUUUGGAUGAAGUUAGAAUAAUGGAAAAAGUGUUAAGAUCGUUGGCAAGGAAGUUCGAUUAUAUCGUCACCGCUAUUGAAGAAGCAAAAAACAUGUCAGCCAUGUCUAUCGAUGAACUUAUGGGUUCCCUUCAAGCUUACGAGCAAAGAAUGAAUCUAAAUGAAGGUUCUAGCAAUUUGGAGCAAGCUUUGCAAAGCAAGUUAUCAUUUGAUGAAAAUCAAGCUAGCAGCAGCUUUGGAGGUGGCAGAGGAAAUCAUGGUGGAUACAGACGUAGCUACAACACUUGA